UGCGUAGGCGGCGGUGGGGCCUGGAUAAACAACAACGGCAGCGGUGCCGCCGCUGCCGCCGCCAGAAAAUCAUGGAAGGAAGAACAUCAUCUUCAAGUCAUGUCAGUGUGGGAACCUUCAGAAAAGUACUGCUGGUUUAGAUGAGGAGUCUGCUAAGUGUGUAUGCACAUUUUCGUAUACCAAAGAAGAAAACAAACACCAAGUCAGAGGAUGUCCAAGUUCAGUCCCCUUUGGCAAGGCUCCCAGGCUCCCACCAUUGGGACUACCCUUUAAAAGAGUGGAAAUUAAGUGCCAACAACAGAGAGCCUUCCACAAAAGGAAAAAGGCAAAAGGACUGUGACAGACACAGCUCUAAUGAUGAAGAAUCAAUUGGGCAACCCAAAGUUAUCUUGACGAAUGUCCUGAGGACGAAAAUAGGAAGAAAAUACACACAGGCGCAACCUAAAACGGGUGCUAAUUUUUCUGAUGCUGGCAAGCUGCAGUCAGAUCAACCACCCUCGUCAUCUGCUGCCAGCCUAAAGAUAUGGCAAAUUUUAAACCCUACUCUCCAAAGCCUUUUUCUGUCUAAAAGGCAACCCAAAGUUAUCUUGACGAAUGUCCUGAGGACGAAAAUUGGAAGAAAAUACAUAGACAGCCACGUAAUAAUUGAUGCAAAUUUAUCUGAUGCUGACAAAUUACAAUCGGGUCAACUACCCUCAUCAUCUAUUGCCAGCCUACAGACAUGUCAAAUAUUAAGUUCUCCUCAUGAAAGUUCUUUUCUGUCUAAAAGGUCUGAGCAUUGCCUGAGAAAGACAGAUGAUCUGUGUAAAUUGACCAAGGCUUCCAAGGAACCAGAAAAAAAUAAUGCCUUCACUUUUAGAAGACAGGAGCUGCAGAAGAAAGAAAACAAGAACUAUGAUGAACUGGAAAAGAGGAGCAGAUACGUGAACAGUACCACUCUUAGUCAGAAGGAAUCUGGCUCUUUUGAUUCUGAGAAAAGGAAAAGAAGAUCUAGUGGCCAUAUUUCUGAUGACUGUAAUGUACACAUUCCAGAAAAAUCACUUCUACUGUCUAAGGAGCAAAGACUGAGUUCAACUCGGUCUCAGGGCCGCAGAACACCCUGUGAGGAUGCACAAGGUCACAGAUCUAAUACAGUUCUGGUGCUGGAUUGUAUUCCCCAGCCAUUAGAGAGAGACUGUACAGACACUUCCACCCACAAUCACUUAAGGCCUGCUCCCAGCUGCACAGAGGAACCUGGCUCAGAGUGUCCUCCCAGAAAUUUGUCAGAGAAACAGCUUUCUGCCACCAGUGAGGAUGUGAUUUCACCACGAGUUAGUACCAUCAGGAAAUUAAAGAUGGACACAUCACAGUACCUGAGCAAGCUGCGGAACAGAAUCUGCAGGGGUAAUCGGCAACGUGUUUCAAAUGACCCAAUUGUCCUUUCCAGUGAUGAUGAAGAUGGACCUUCUGAACCAAAAUGCACAGAGCUGCUGCAGGAUAAUAUCACUGAGAAUAAAGAAACAGACCAACAGUCUGACUUCUGUUUUUCAGCAAAGCAAUUGGAAGACAAGAUGGAAAGUCACACAGAGCAGGUAUUUUUAACAGAGUCAACUGAAGAUAAAUGUCCUAUCAGCUUACCUUCUGGAGGCACACCUAGAAAACAGAUGAACCCAGCAUUGGAUGUUGAAUUUGAUAGUCUAUACAUUGGGAAAUUUAAAUGGCUAUCAACAGGUCCUGCUAGGUUUACAACCAAGUACAUUACGAUCCCAUUUCAAGUGGCUCUUAAUAAGAAUAUUAAGCUGACAGUGGAUACUCUGGAUCUGAGAAGGUUUGGCUUGUGGAGAAGUGAUGGUGGCUGUUCUUCAACAAUGAUCAUUUUCCUUUGGUUGUCUGUGGAUUAUGUAGAAAAGAUUGAAACCCAACUAGGAAAGUUAGUUAUCAGCAAGCCAUCCAAAUCUAGUGAAUUUGUAUUUCUUGAACUGUCCCAACCACUCACAGAAUGGGAAGAAGACAGACUGACUGAAUUGAUUACAGGUGUGAGCAAGAAGAACAGAGCACCAGACCUCCUUGAGUUUUUGUCUUUGAAGCAAGCAUUACCCUUGUUUAAGGACCUUUCUCCUGAAGAGAGCUCUUUUAUGAGUUACAGUAAGGAUCUACUAAAGCAAUGUAUGCCAAAAGAGAAUAUCUCAGGUGCUCAUGAGCCUGCAGUUCAGGAAUCAAAACCAAAAGUGGCCAGGCCCAGUUAUACCCUCACAAAUAAGCAGAAUAGUGGUUGUUAUUCAAUCUCUCUGUCCUCUGUACUGAAUGAAGAAUGGAAAGAAGUAAGAGAAACCGGAGCAGUUAAGAAUUUAAUUGUUUAUCCACCUCCACCUGCAAAAGGAGGACUGGGAGUCACAAGAGAAGACCUAGAGUGCUUAGAAUACGGAGAGUUUCUCAAUGAUGUCAUAAUUGAUUUCUAUCUUAAAUACCUGUUGUUGGAGAAGGUGCCAAAACAUCUUGCCGACCGUACGCACGUUUUUAGCAGUUUCUUCUAUAAGUGCCUGACCAGGACAGAAAAAAACUCUGAGGGGGAUCUCAAAGUUUCAGCGGCACAGAGAAGACACAGAAGAGUAAGAACAUGGACUCGUCAUAUAAACAUCUUCAGUAAAGAUUAUAUCUUUGUGCCUGUGAAUGAGGAGUCUCAUUGGUACAUUGCAGUUAUCUGUUUUCCUUGGUUAGAAGAAGCUGUGUAUGAGGAGUGUCCCCAUCAGAAUUCAUUGCAUCACCAGCCUCAACAGUCUCCGCUUCGGUCAGAGAGUGAGAACAGUAGAACUGAUUCAGUGUUGGCCUUUCCUGGUAACUGCAAGGAUGAAGAAGAAAUGGAUGCUAACAGAAGUUUAUUCUCAAAAGGUGGCAAUGAAAUUGCUGCUUCUGCUUCAGUUCUGGAUUCAGGUAUUUCUAAAAUCUCCCUGAGUAAUUCCAAAAGGCAGAUUUGUAAAAGGCCUUGUAUACUCAUCUUAGAUUCUUUGAAAGCUGGUUCUGUGCAGAAAACAGUUCAGGUUUUGAGAGAGUACCUUGAAGUGGAAUGGGAAGCUAAACGAAAAACGCAUCGAGAAUUCAAUAAAUCAACAAUGAUUGACCUGUGUCCCAGAGUGCCUAAACAAGAUAACAGCAGUGAUUGUGGAGUCUAUUUACUGCAAUAUGUGGAAAGCUUCUUCCAGAAUCCCAUAGUUAACUUUGAACAGCCGCUGAAUCUGGAGAAGUGGUUCCCUCGUCAGCUGAUCAGAAGCAAAAGAGAAGAAAUUCGAGACCUGAUCUUGCAACUGCACUUUCAACAGCAUAGUGGCAGCAGCAGCUAAUAAAUCUGAUAAGCCAGACCUGGCAAAGAACAUUGCUGUAUAAAGAAACUGGAACGCUGCUUAGCAGCAUUUGGGCUUUUUCUGCCUUGCAAGGAAGAAAAAAAAAAAAAGAA